GAAGUCAUCUGAUCCCUGGGGCAGGCUCUGAGCCUCACUGAGUUCCUGGAGCCAGACCUACUGGGUGUCCACUCAGCCACCACCUUCCCGUGCCUGGGUGCCAGGCCCAUUUCCCUUGCAGCCAUGAACCAGGCCUUCUGGAAAACCUACAAGUCUAAAGUACUACAGACCCUGAGUGGGGAAUCUGAGGAGGACCUGGGAGCGGAGAGGGAGAACCCAGCGUUAGUGGAGUCUGAGAUGGCAGAACCAACUGAAGAGGCCUUCAAUCCCCUGUCACAGCUGGCCCGCCAGGUUCAAGGAGUUGGGGUGAAAGGUUGGCUGACAAUGUCAUCUCUGUUUAACAAAGAAGAUGAGGACAAGCUGCUGCCACCAGAGCCCUGUGCUGACCACCCCCUGGCGGCGCAGCCUGCCUCGGAGGCUGCCGUGGCGGCGGCAGAGCCGCGCGGGCCGGGGUUCUGGGACUCGUUCGCCAGCAGGUGGCAGCAGCAGCAGGCGGCGGCGGCGUCCAUCCUGCGUGGCGCAGAACCCACCCUGGAGCCCGACCCUGAAGUCGGGGACGAGGCUGCCGAGCGCCCCGAGCCGCGGGAAGCCGAUCCCGCGGCUGGUUUCAAGUGGGGCUUCCUCACCCACAAACUGGCCGAGAUGAGGGUGAAAGCUGCGCCCAAGAGCGACUAG